AUGUAUGAAGGCAAGAAGACGAAGAACAUGUUCCUGACCCGGGCUCUGGAGAAGAUCCUGGCCGACAAGGAGGUGAAGAAGGCACAUCACUCCCAGCUGCGCAAAGCCUGUGAGGUGGCCCUAGAGGAAAUAAAAGCUGAAACAGAAAAACAAAGUCCCCCUCAUGAAGAAGCAAAGCCUGGUUCAAGCACACUUCCACCAGUGAAAUCAAAGACAAGCUUUAUUGAAGCCGACAAGUACUUCUUACCAUUCGAAUUGGCAUGCCAGUCUAAGUGCCCCAGGAUUGUUAGUACAUCCCUGGAUUGUUUACAGAAACUUAUAGCAUAUGGGCACUUGACUGGAAAUGCUCCAGACAGUACAGCUCCAGGCAAAAAAUUAAUCGAUAGAAUUAUUGAGACAAUAUGUGGCUGUUUUCAAGGUCCUCAAACAGACGAAGGGGUUCAGCUACAAAUAAUAAAGGCUUUACUCACUGCAGUAACAUCUCAACACAUAGAAAUUCAUGAAGGAACCGUGCUGCAGGCUGUAAGAACAUGUUACAAUAUCUAUCUUGCAAGCAAAAAUCUCAUAAAUCAGACCACAGCCAAGGCCACUCUCACACAAAUGCUGAAUGUUAUAUUUGCACGUAUGGAAAACCAAGCACUCCAGGAAGCCAAACAGAUGGAAAAGGAAAGACACCGACAACAGCACCAUCUACAGCAGUCACCCUUAAGCCAUCAUGAACCUGAAUCACCUCAGCUGAGACAUCUUCCAUCACAGACAGUCAAUCAGCUACCCCAAGAUCAUGAAGGAGAACUUGACCACAGCACAAAUGAUGUGGACAAGAGCCUUCAAGAAGAUACAGAAGCAGAAAAUGGUUCUGAUAUUUACAGUGCAGAAAAUGAACAGACAGAAGCUGACCAGGCUGCAGCAGCAGAAAAUCUGUCUAAAAGUGAUGCGGGAACAUAUGAUGGAGAAAACAAUGAAUGUGAAGAAAAGGCACAAGAUAUUGUACAGAGUAUUGUGCAGGAAAUGGUGAACAUAAUAGUUGGAGAUGUAGAAGGGACUGCUGAAAGUGGAAGUGCUGAUGGCACAAUUGGAACUUUAGAAGAUGGCAGUGACAGUGAAAAUAUUCAGGCAAAUGGAAUUCCAGGGACUCCAAUCUCUGUUGCAUAUACACCAUCUUUACCUGAUGACAGGUUAUCUGUCUCUUCCAAUGACACUCAGGAAUCUGGAAAUUCUUCAGGACCUACGCCUGGUGCUAAGUUUUCCCACAUUUUACAAAAGGAUGCCUUCCUAGUAUUCAGGUCACUGUGUAAACUCUCUAUGAAGCCGCUGUCAGAUGGGCCACCAGAUCCAAAGUCUCAUGAGCUGCGAUCAAAGAUUCUUUCAUUGCAGUUGCUUCUGUCCAUUCUGCAGAAUGCAGGACCUGUCUUCAGGACAAAUGAGAUGUUUAUAAAUGCUAUUAAGCAGUAUCUUUGUGUUGCAUUAUCCAAGAAUGGAGUUUCAUCUGUUCCAGAAGUUUUUGAGCUUUCACUUUCCAUAUUCCUCACACUUCUCUCAAACUUCAAGACACACCUAAAGAUGCAGAUCGAGGUUUUCUUCAAAGAAAUUUUCCUAUAUAUCUUGGAAACCUCUACUAGCUCAUUUGAUCAUAAAUGGAUGGUUAUACAAACACUGACAAGGAUAUGUGCAGAUGCCCAGAGUGUAGUGGAUAUUUAUGUAAACUAUGACUGUGACUUAAAUGCAGCAAACAUAUUUGAAAGACUGGUUAAUGACCUAUCAAAAAUUGCUCAAGGAAGGGGUAGCCAAGAACUUGGCAUGACUAAUAUUCAGGAGUUAAGUUUGAGAAAGAAAGGAUUGGAAUGUUUAGUAUCAAUCUUGAAGUGCAUGGUAGAAUGGAGUAAGGAUCAAUAUGUUAAUCCCAAUUCUCAGACAACCCUUGGCCAAGAAAAACCUACAGAGCAGGAGAGUAAUGAAACCAAACACACAGAGACAAUUAACAGAUAUGGAAGCUUAAAUUCCCUGGACUCUACGGCCUCAUCAGGAAUUGGCAGUUACAGCACACAGAUGUCUGGCACUGACAACCCAGAGCAGUUUGAGGUCCUAAAGCAACAGAAGGAAAUAAUAGAACAAGGAAUAGAUUUAUUUAAUAAGAAACCAAAGAGAGGAAUACAGUACCUGCAAGAGCAAGGAAUGCUUGGCACUACUCCUGAAGAUAUUGCCCAGUUCUUGCAUCAAGAGGAAAGAUUAGACUCGACUCAGGUUGGAGAGUUCCUGGGAGACAAUGAUAAAUUUAACAAAGAAGUCAUGUAUGCAUAUGUGGACCAACAUGACUUUUCAGGAAAGGAUUUCGUAUCCGCUCUGCGCAUGUUUUUAGAGGGAUUCCGUCUUCCAGGAGAGGCUCAGAAAAUUGAUCGGCUAAUGGAGAAAUUUGCUGCUAGAUAUUUAGAAUGCAACCAAGGGCAAACCCUUUUUGCUAGUGCAGACACUGCAUAUGUCUUAGCUUACUCAAUUAUCAUGUUAACGACAGAUCUUCAUAGCCCACAGGUAAAGAACAAAAUGACCAAGGAGCAGUAUAUUAAGAUGAACAGAGGUAUCAAUGACAGUAAAGACCUUCCUGAGGAGUAUCUGUCAGCUAUCUAUAAUGAAAUAGCAGGGAAGAAGAUAUCUAUGAAGGAAACAAAAGAACUAGUAAUACCCACAAAAUCCAGUAAACAAAAUGUUGCUAGCGAAAAGCAGAGACGACUUCUAUAUAACUUGGAAAUGGAACAGAUGGCUAAAACAGCAAAAGCCCUCAUGGAAGCAGUGAGCCAUGUUCAGGCACCUUUUACUAGUGCAACCCAUUUGGAGCAUGUGAGACCAAUGUUCAAGUUGGCAUGGACACCAUUCCUAGCUGCAUUCAGUGUGGGUCUGCAAGACUGUGAUGAUACAGAAGUUGCUUCUCUUUGCUUGGAAGGCAUAAGAUGUGCAAUCAGGAUUGCAUGCAUUUUCAGCAUUCAGCUUGAAAGAGAUGCUUAUGUCCAAGCACUAGCAAGAUUUACCUUGCUUACAGUGAGUUCUGGUAUAACUGAAAUGAAACAGAAGAACAUUGACACAAUAAAAACACUCAUCACAGUGGCUCAUACAGAUGGAAACUAUUUAGGAAAUUCCUGGCAUGAGAUUCUGAAAUGUAUUAGUCAACUUGAGCUGGCACAAUUAAUAGGAACUGGAGUAAAACCACGUUACAUCUCUGGGACAGUGAGAGGCAGGGAAGGUUCUUUUACUGGAACAAAGGAUCAGGCACCUGAUGAAUUUGUGGGCCUGGGAUUAGUUGGAGGAAAUGUGGACUGGAAGCAGAUAGCGAGUAUUCAGGAAUCCAUUGGAGAAACUAGUUCCCAAAGUGUUGUUGUUGCUGUAGACAGAAUAUUUACAGGAUCUACAAGACUGGAUGGAAAUGCUAUUGUGGAUUUUGUUCGUUGGCUUUGUGCCGUAUCUAUGGAUGAACUGCUGUCUGCUACCCAUCCUCGAAUGUUUAGUCUGCAGAAGAUAGUAGAGAUUUCUUACUAUAACAUGGGUCGGAUAAGACUACAGUGGUCUAGAAUCUGGGAAGUUAUUGGAGAUCAUUUUAAUAAGGUUGGCUGCAAUCCGAAUGAAGAUGUAGCUAUUUUUGCAGUAGAUUCCUUAAGGCAGUUAUCAAUGAAAUUCUUAGAAAAAGGAGAACUUGCUAAUUUCCGAUUCCAGAAGGAUUUCUUAAGGCCGUUUGAACACAUAAUGAAGAGAAACAGGUCUCCUACCAUUCGAGACAUGGUUGUACGGUGCAUAGCACAGAUGGUAAACUCUCAAGCUGCCAACAUUCGCUCAGGUUGGAAGAAUAUAUUUUCAGUGUUUCAUCUGGCUGCAUCAGAUCAGGAUGAAAGUAUAGUGGAACUUGCAUUUCAAACUACAGGGCACAUUGUCACAAUUGUAUUUGAAAAACACUUCCCAGCUACCAUAGAUUCUUUCCAGGAUGCAGUAAAAUGUUUGUCUGAAUUUGCAUGCAAUGCAGCUUUUCCAGACACAAGCAUGGAAGCAAUCCGCCUCAUUCGCCAUUGUGCAAAAUAUGUAUCAGACAGACCUCAGGCUUUCAAGGAAUACACAAGUGAUGAUAUGAAUGUAGCUCCUGAAGAUAGGGUGUGGGUGAGAGGAUGGUUCCCAAUUCUCUUUGAGUUAUCCUGUAUCAUCAAUAGAUGCAAAUUAGAUGUAAGAACCAGGGGCUUAACAGUAAUGUUUGAAAUAAUGAAAACAUAUGGCCAUACUUAUGAAAAACACUGGUGGCAGGAUUUGUUUAGGAUUGUCUUCAGGAUAUUUGACAACAUGAAACUGCCAGAACAGCAGACAGAGAAAGCUGAAUGGAUGACAACUACUUGCAAUCAUGCACUUUAUGCAAUAUGUGAUGUAUUCACCCAGUAUUUAGAAGUACUUAGUGAUGUCCUCUUGGAUGAUAUAUUUGCACAGCUGUACUGGUGUGUGCAGCAAGACAAUGAACAGCUAGCACGAUCUGGUACCAACUGUUUGGAGAAUGUCGUCAUUCUAAAUGGUGAAAAGUUUACCCUAGAAAUCUGGGAUAAAACGUGCAACUGCAUGCUGGAUAUCUUCAAAACCACAAUCCCCCAUGCGCUGUUGACUUGGCGACCGACAGGUGGAGAGGCUGGCCCUGUAUCUCCAUCUGCUUUGAGAGAGAAACAGCUGGAUACAAUAUCACAGAAAUCUGUAGAUAUUCAUGAUACUGUCCAGCCAAGAUCUUCAGAUCGACACCAAAUUCAGCCCAUUGUGGGGUCCACAGCAAGUGAAGAGAUCAGCAAAACCAGACCUACAGCAAAAUUUCCAGAACAGAAGUUGUUUGCUGCUCUGUUAAUCAAAUGUGUUGUACAACUGGAGCUUAUUCAGACUAUCGACAACAUUGUGUUCUUCCCAGCAACCAGCAAAAAAGAAGAUGCAGAGAAUCUAGCAGCAGCACAAAGAGAUGCAGUAGACUUCGAUGUUCAUGUGGACACACAAGAUCAAGGAAUGUAUCGUUUUCUAACAUCGCAACAGCUUUUCAAACUGCUGGACUGUUUGCUGGAAUCUCACAGAUUUGCUAAAGCUUUUAAUUCAAACAAUGAACAAAGAACUGCUCUCUGGAAAGCAGGUUUUAAAGGCAAAUCAAAGCCCAAUCUUUUGAAACAGGAGACUAGUAGCCUGGCGUGUGGGUUGCGCAUUCUUUUCCGCAUGUACAUGGAUGAAAGCCGCACCGGUGCAUGGGAUGAAGUCCAGCAAAGACUACUGAAUGUCUGCAGUGAAGCUCUAAGUUACUUCCUUACUCUUACAUCAGAAAGUCACCGGGAAGCCUGGACUAAUCUACUACUCUUAUUCUUGACUAAGGUCCUCAAGAUAAGUGAUGAAAGGUUCAAAGCUCAUGCCUCAUUCUACUACCCUCUCUUGUGUGAAAUUAUGCAGUUUGACCUAAUUCCUGAACUUCGAGCUGUUCUGCGAAGGUUUUUCCUGCGGAUUGGUUUAGUUUUUCAGAUAUCCCAACCACCAGAGCAGGAGCCUGGAACAAACAAGCAGUAG